AUUCCACCUCAGCCUCUCCCAAGCCGUCAUGCACUACUCAUAGGUGUACAGUACUAUAACGAAAAUCCCCUUGAUGGAUGUCUGAACGAUGUCCAAGCUCUCCACGACGUCCUCGCUCUCCAAUAUCAUUUUAGUCGAAACGACAUCACUUUGAUGACAGACAACGACUGUAGGCGACCAACUCGCGCCAACAUCCUUAACGCUAUUCAUAAUUUAGUC